AUGUCUCAGGAGGGGGCUGCAGAGGGCUCCAGCACAGAGGACCCUGCCCUCAGUCUCAACAGCAGUGGGCUUUUCCAGGAGGAUGUGGAAGAAGCCAGCUCCAUGUCAGGCCCCAGGCCACGCGUGCCAGGGGUGAACUCUGGGGCCCAUGUCUGGGCUGGCAGCAGGAAAAGGGUCCUGAGGGGAAGAACCCAUCGAGGUGCCGGCUCCCAGGCUGGGGGUGCUCCUGGGGCCAGCCUGGAGGCGGAGGCCCACUUGAUGGUCCUGGAGCUGCGAGCCAUGAGACAAAGCCAGGGUUUGGUGCCUGUCUCUGGGCUCCACUUCCAGCUGCCCAUAGUGCCUGCUCAGGGGAGGACUCGGGCCUCCAAGAGGCUCCAGGUUUCUCUGCACGACAUCUUAGCUGAAAGUCGGCCCGGGAAUCCUCAUGGCACGUCUGUGGGUCUCCCAGAGAGAGCUUUGGUUGGCAGGGAGAGGCUGGCGGGGCUGGAGGAGACAAGCUGCCCCCGGCCAGGAGAGGCCAGAGGAGGUGGGAGUUCUCCAGGGCGUGAUGAGAGAAACCCCACCCUCAGCAAAGAGGAGCCCCCCAAAAGGAGCCUGCCGUCCUCACCAGGCCCAGCCCCUGUGGGGGCAAGAAAGGAAAACAGGAAGUGGGAGGCCCACUCAGAGGGUGGGGAGGGGGGCUUCUUGUGGUCCCCUGGUGGGGACAACCCCCAGUGUGUGGGAGGCCUCCCACCAGGUGCUGACUGGGAGUCCCUGGGAGACCUUUGCAGUCCUCUCUCUCCCAAGGACACUGGGUCUGGGCCUGGAGAUCCAGGUGGCAGUUGUGUGGGAUGUGUCUCGGGGACUGAGAAGUUUGAACAUUUGCCCACUGCGGGGAAUGGGGCCCAGCCAGUGGGCCCCUCCGACCCUGUCGGGGUCCCACUGCUGGACGGAGGAUUGUCCCUCGGGCCAGCUGCCCGGGAUCCUCCACAGAGCUCUGUGCUAUGCCUGGAAGUGCCUGGAAAGGCUCUCACAGAGUGGCAAGAAGCUGAGCACAUAGUCGGGGCCGGCUGUGAUGACGGGCCUGCUGUCUCGCACAACCAGGAGGAGCUAGAUGUCAAGGCUCAGCCAGAGUCCAGAGGGAGGCUGGGGCGAGGACUCCCUGCUCCCGCCGACGCCCCCGCCAGCUCCCUGGAGCCUGCAGCCAGCAAAGCUCGCUCAGGCCCAUCCGUGGGGCAGAGAAGAUCCAAGUGUGCUAGGAGGUUGAGGAGGGGCCCAAUGCCCCAUGCCCAGCACCAGGGCACAGACAACUCCAGCUGGGACCAGCCAGAGGAAUCCAGCCCAGGAAGCUUCCCCAAACUGGAGGAAAUGAAAAUGCCCCAUGGGGUGAAGCAUGUGUAUUACCUUGGAUCCGGGGCAGUGGUCCACCUCCUGGGGGCCAUCAGCUGUGGCCAGGCAGGGGAGCCACAGCAUCCAAAGCUGGAGGUUCUGGAGAACAUGAUGGAGGCCAGCUCAGUAUCACCUGUCCAGAGGUCCAGAAGGAAGGAAAGGCCUGUGGCCCGAGGCCCCACUGGAUGCCAGGACCUGUUUCUCAAAGUGCUUCAGGGCGAUGUCACCCCCCACGGCCUGGUGCGGAUGAGCUCAACCCAGCUGGCCCCCCAAGAGCUGGCCCGCUGGCGGGACCAGGAGGAGAAAAGGGGCCUGGAGAUCAUUGAGCAGCAACAGAAGAAGCUGUGCAGCCUCCCGGCGUUCAAACUGACCCACAAGGGUGAAGUCGAGAUCCCGCGGGACGGGGACCAGACGCUGACCCUGGAGGAUCUGAUGACAGGACCCAUGGUGUCCGUAGACAGUAGCCCACUGGCCCUGCCUGCCACGUCAAAGGACACCACGGAGCAGUACGAGGACACCACGGAGCAGCAUGAGCACCAUUUCCUGGACCCCAGCUGCCGCAUCUGCAUGGACUGGAAGCCCUCGUGUGAACUGCCAGCCUCCUUCAAAGCCACUGGGAGGAUAGGGGACAGUGUCUUCCAGAGAACCCCAAGCCCAACCCUGGUGUCCUCUCCAGCGAUGCCCCAAACCAGGGAGAAGCCUCCCACACAGCUCCAGGACAGGCUCCAGAUGCCUGCCGGGCCCACAAAGGCCCUGCCCAGCCAGCCGCCCUGGGAGGGAGCGCUGGACAUGUUCUCCAUCAAGCGGUUCAGGGCCAAGGCCCAGCUGGUCUCUGGAAACAGCUGUCGGCUCCUCAUGGCCCUGCCCGAAGUGAUCCGUUCAGCAGGCUGCAUUCCCUCCAAUACUGUCUGGGAUCUUUUGGCCAACAUCUGCCCAGCCGAGGCCAAGGACAUCUGUGUGGUCAGGCUGUGCCCACACGGGGCUCGGGACACCCAGAACUGCCGCCUGCUCUACUCCUACCUCAACAAUAAGCAGCGCCAUGGCCUGGCAGCCGUGGAACACGUGGGGAUGGUCCUGCUGCCCUUGCCUGCCUUUCAGCCCCUGCCCACCAGACUGCGCCCUCUGGGAGGCCCCGGCCUGGAAGCUGCUCACUCAAGCCUGGUGCUGGCUGUGCUGCUCCCCAAGGCAGGGCUUCCAGACACAGCAGAGUCCAGACCUCUGUGGCAGAAGGUUCAAAAGAUGGUCUCCUUCAGCAGGAAAGUGGAGAGGAGAUGCUCCCAGUCCAAGCACAGGAGUCCCGAUGUGGCCCCAAAGGGGUCCCAUCCCCCAAGGGAUACUCUGCAGCAGAACCAGGGCAAUAGCAGCCUGGCUCCAAGGGGAAUUUGUGCUUGGGAGAGGCCACCCAGAGGCAGGGGGAGACUGUGGGAAGAGCCUGAGACCUGGCAGAGUCCUGGGCGAGGGCAGUGGCCCCCCAAGCCAGGCCGGUGCCAAUCCAGGCACCCCUAUUCAGCAGUACCAUCUGGCCAUGGCCGGCGCCUCCACAGAGCCUCCUGUCCCCACCAGGCCCUGCUCCAACAUCUUGAAUCCCUGGUGUCCAUGAGCCGUCAGCUCCAAGCCUCACUGAGGUCCCCAGGCCAGGAGAUCCUUCCCCCAACUCCUGCCCUGUCCCCUGCAGCCCCUGGAAUUCUCGGUCUACUCGGUCAGCCCCCUGCAGCUCCAGAGCCCCGAAGCCCAGCUCCUGACUCUUUGGGUCCUACAGAUGGAGAUGGCUCUGAGUGUUCCUUCCCCAGAGAGACCUGA